CCGUUCUGGAUGAGGACGGCCCGCGCGGCUCGCAGCAGCCGCCGCCACACACCGAUGGCCCGAUAUCGAACAUUUCGAUAUCAUCACGGUGGAGGUCACGAAAUGAAGCCUAUAAAUACGACGGCAUUAUGGGCAUAUACUCCAACGCAGGGCAUUUGUCUAUCUGAAAUCACAUUCGAGCCCAGAUAAAACAAACGACCAGGACGCGGCGAAAAUGGAGGCCCUCCAACUGACUCGAUCGUCUCCCAGCGGCGAUCCUACGCUGUUGCUCGUUUCCCUUCCAAUUCCAACUGUCAAACAUGGACAUGCUCUUGUCAAAAUCCAUUAUUCUUACAUUCACCCAUCCGACCGACUCAACGCCAAAGGCGGGUUUCCGUCGACCGUCUUCCCUUGCAUUCCAGGACGGGAUUUUUCCGGCGUCGUUGUCGACAUAGCAAGUGACGAUGAAGCCAAGAGCUGGAUUGGCAAGGAAGUCUACGGAAGCAGUGGAUCAGCUCUGGGCUUUACGGUCGACGGGCCUCAUGCGAGGUACUGCCUUAUUCCGGAAGAAGCACUCGUCGAGAAGCCCUCAUCUUUGAGUUUACUCCAAGCUUCCACCGUUGGAGUGCCGUUUGCCACUGCACUUCUCUGUCUGCGCCGAGCCCAAACCCGCAAGGACGACAUUGUGCUCGUCCUAGGGGCCACCGGAGCAGUCGGCUCGGCAGCCGUGCAAAUCGCCAAGGCAAUGGGCUGUCGAACUGUGCUGACAGCCGCACGACGUGCGGACUCCAAUCCUGAUAUUCUUCUUGAAGAUGUCGACAAUCUUCAAUCCCGGAUCCCAGGUUUGACCAAGAAGCAUGGCGUGGAUGUUGUGAUUGAUGCGGUGGGCAGCAUCGAGUUGAUGAGUGCUGCGAUCAAGCAGCUGGCCGUGAAUGGACGCUAUGCCUGGAUUGCAGCACCGCGAGGGACUGCGAGCAAAGAGUUGACGUUUGAUAUCUUCCAGGCGUAUCGAAAGGCUAUCCACCUUGAGGGCUGUAACACCGGUCUGACCACGAUGGCCGAGGUGAUGGAUGAUUUGCGUCUGUUGCGGCAGUGGUUCGACGAAGGAUUGUUGAAGGUGGAGGAUGACGGAGCGUUUCACCGGGUACCAUUAGCGGCGGCGGUUGAGAAGGGGUAUCUGACUGCCGGGGAAAGAGUGGUGAUUGAGAUGUGAGACUAUCCGGAUAAGUCAUUUCCCUGUCUCUAUUGCAUUGCCUCUUUUAUUGUAAUUAGCUCUUAUUUUUAGAUCCACUCCAGAAACACGAGACUCCCAGAAUUUUCUUUGUCUCCAGAACAGGUGCUUCCCCGCCUCGAAGCAAUACCCUGGUCAGGGUCAUGGAGGAAUCCUUCGCAAUAGCCAUUAGCCAGUCGAGCUGGCUGCU